UUUCAGCAUUGGUAGCAAACUAACUGAAUUAAUUUUUUAUUUUUUAUUCUUAAAAAAAUAUUUAUCUGGAGCAAAGUCAUUAAUGUUUCCGCGAGAAUUUUGUUCUUUUAAUUUUUAAAUUAGACAAAAAAUUUUAAAAGUACAAACCCUAACAGAAAAUUGUAGCUAAUUAAAUUCUCUACAAUUUACUUUGCAUUCGUUUUGUUGUCAAAAUUUUUUUAAUUUACCAACGGGAUGACCAAAGUCAAAACAUUACUUUUUCUCAUUGAAAUAAAUUUUUUAGAUUUUUUCUGAGAUAGCCAAUCGAUUGGAAAUUUAAUUUUGAUUUAAGAACCAAAAUUUCAUCACAAUAUGUUGAGCCGUUUAGAAAUCACAAAGUACUAACUGAUGCCCCCUAAAACUGCCGUCGAGGCUGAUUAGCAGGUUUUAGUUCAGACGCUCUUAUUUCUAAACGGCUCAACAUAUUGUGAUGAAAUUUUGGUUCUUAAAUCAAAAUUAAAUUUCCAAUCGAUUGGCUAUCUCAGAAAAAAUCUAAAAAAUUUAUUUCAAUGAGAAAAAGUAAUGUUUUGACUUUGGUCAUCCCGUUGGUAAAUUAAAAAAAUUUUGACAACAAAACGAAUGCAAAGUAAAUUGUAGAGAAUUUAAUUAGCUACAAUUUUCUGUUAGGGUUUGUACUUUUAAAAUUUUUUGUCUAAUUUAAAAAUUAAAAGAACAAAAUUCUCGCGGAAACAUUAAUGACUUUGCUCCAGAUAAAUAUUUUUUUAAGAAUAAAAAAUAAAAAAUUAAUUCAGUUAGUUUGCUACCAAUGCUGAAAAUUUGAACGAUUUAUCUCUACGCUUACUAAUAAAAUAAAAAAUUCGCGCAAACGUCUAAUUAAUCGAGCGCGCCGCUCUCCACCCGCGAGUGCAGCAGUCGGGCGACUCGAGCGAGAGAGAGCCGAGCGAAGCAACAAAGCAGUGGCCGCCGCGUAAUUAUGCUCAUAGCGAGACAACGGCUGCUCGGAUUAAAAAAUAAAUAACACAGCGAUUUUCCUCAUGCUUUAAUUAUUCUAAAAAUAUAAACUUUUCAAUCGCCAAAAUUCUAAAACAUUGAAUCAGAGCGAGAUAUUGGUUAAUUCCGUGGGACAACUUGUCCGGUUGCUAAACUCGUUUCCGCUUUUCUCUCACAAAAAACAAUCGGACAUGCACAAAUAUGAUCAGAAACGACUUAAUUUGUUGACAUCCCGGCACUGAAGCACAUAUCGACUCACAAAACGUAAAAAAUCCGAGUUUUCCGCUGCUUUUUUGAGCCGCAACUUCGCCGUCACGGAGAUAUUGGCCGUAUUUUCGUGGCUUUUCGUGCUUCCAGCUGAUUUGAGAUGCUUUUUCUUCGUUGCCAAAGCUUCCCUAGGUUCCGAACUAGUCUGACACCUGCAGAUUAUGUUCAAAACCGCCUUGAAUCGACAAUAUUUGACCGAAAAACGCGGCAAAGAGUGCAAAACAAUGCAUUUAGAUGGGAGCAGCUGGGAGCGGCAUGGGUUUUCCUUCCCCAGUUACGUCACUGGGAAAGCAACAGCAGCGCCAGCAAAACUCGCUCUCCCCCACCACGUCUCCUGCUCAUGCGUGGCUGGGUCUGUUUAUUUUAAUCAAAGAUGAGAGACCGUGUGAGUGAAAUGGACCUGCAGAUUUUGUGCGCGCGAAGAGUGAACGAAAACAGCCACCUCCAGCACAACCCCUCGAACGAGAUGAUUUCGAGUUCUGGCUCGAACGGCACCUCCCCGCUCAAACUGCCCUCGCUGGUGCCUCCGUCGGCCGGAAUGUGGUUCCAAGACCAGACCAAAAUGCGCGAGAAGCCUCCCGACAGCACCUCGGUGUCCGACUCGGCCAAGAGCGCCGCCAGUCCACAGUCGCCGCCUUGGUUUCCGCAGCAGCAGCAACAGCCGCCCAAGGAUCUGAGGGACACCAAGGCCAAUGGCAACACGUCUGUCUGGUUCCAACCUGAAUCUCAGGAGGACUCCACAAAUGUGAAUGUGGUUUCCACCAAUGACUCGACCGCUGACGAUUCCGAGGAAGACGAAGACAGCGGCACCACAACCAACGAACCCGUGGACACAACACCAGAGCCGCCGAACCACAAUUCGGCACCCCCUGCCAGUUCUCACGAGCCACUGCCCCCUCCAGCCACCUCCAUGAUGGCACCCUGGUUCCUCGCUCAAAAAGCCAAGGAGUCGAUGUCGUCGAUGAUGAAGCCACCAGAGCUCAACAUCCCCUCAGCCCAGCACCACCACCCAAACAUGUCCUGGUUUCUGGGCAACAAGGAAACACCAAACAAGUUGCACCACGAGAGCAACAAUAAAACUUCGGAGCACAACUCGGGCCCAUGGUCAGCAUCAAUGUAUUUGGGCCAGCACAAAAUAAAUGUCAACACUCCAGAGCACAACAAAGAUCAGUCCAGUCCUAACAAAGACGACGAAGGUCCGUGGUUCCUGGGCCAAACGAAACCUACAGAGCCGCGCGACCUACACAAACAGACCAACGGCUGGUUCCAUCACACCGACAUCAAAGUGGAGCAGGACGAUACAAUGGACAAGAGGCAAGAGGACGCAGUCAAGAGUGGUUGUGUCUGGUUCGGUCACGGCCUCUUGAAACCUGACAGCGAAAACACAAGGCAGGACAACCUGUCGAAGAUGAUGGGCGCCUGGUUCAGCAGCAGUCACAUGAUGAGGCCUGAAAUGGUCAAACAGGAGGCUGGCACUGGAAUGCACCCAUCUGGCUUCUGGUUCAUCCCUGGCUCGUCAGCCUCGGCAAACUGCAAUGGUGGCCCCAAUGUGACCGCCGCUCAUGGAGGUGGCAAACUUUACCAGUGCGACUUGUGCCAGACACAAUUUCGACAACGAGAUCGUCUUCGAGAGCACAGAAGGAUCCACGCCCUGGGCGAGACGCCGCACACCUGCACCAUCUGUGAAAAGGCGUUCACCACGGCCGCUGCCCGAGAGUGUCACGCAGCGGUGGCCCAUCUGAAUGGCGCUGGCCAUCCUCCAGGGCCAUGCAGAUUCUGUGAGGCCGGCGACACCCAACACCUGGAGCACGUUGGCAUGCACAAUCAUGACGGCAGCCAUCACCCACCGCUCCGCAGGCAAGGGGGUGGCAUCAGGAGACCUGGUGGUCCUGGCGGCUACGAGUGCAAGAUGUGUGGCCUACGUUUUCCUGACGGACCGUCGCUUACAGACCACGUGGACCACCACCCUGGCGGGCGGCCACUGCUGUGCCGUUUGUGCUGCAAGACGUUCAAGAGCAAGCUAGGCCUGGAGAACCACACACGGCUGCACACGGGCGAACGGCCUUUUGAGUGCGGCGAGUGCGGCGCGCGAUUCCCGCAGCGGGCCGCCCUCGACUACCACGUCAAGGGCCGGCACACAGGUGAGAACCACCGCACGUGCGGCCGGUGCGGCAAGCUGUUCCGCUCCACGCCCGGCUACAACAACCACAUGCGCUUGCACGCGGUCCGAGACACCGCCUCGGUCAACAACAACGCGGCCGUUGUGGCGGCGGCCGCCGUCGCGGCCGCUGGCGUCAUGGCCGGCGGAGGGGUGCAGGCCGCCGUCAACGACGCCGUCGGUAACAUUCUCAGCGGCACCUCGGCCGCCAUCGUCGCUAGCAAUAAGGAACACCACCCUCACUAGAGCGCAACCGUAGCGACACCACCCCUUAAUUUUCUCACAAAAAGGAAAAACACAACAAACACUUAAAACUUUCUCACUCACACAUACACCACCCAACACACCCUGAUACUGUUUUAAUAAGUAAUGCGGCUAAAUUGGGUCAUUCUUGAGGGCGAUUCAAAAUUUCUGUUUCCCGUUCCUUGAGGAUGAUAAUUUGACUUUCCUAAAACUAUUAUGUUCUAAAAUCUUUGAAAAUUAGAAUCUCUGAUGUAAUAUAAUACAAAUUUUUUGUGCAUCUCAAUAUCUGAAAUUAAAACGAAUCAGUUUUCGGAAAUAUUGGAAAUUUUUAAAAUAAUCCAAAACAAUCGAAUUGUUGACAAGUUUUGCAUUUCCAUUAAAAUUUAUGAUUUUGUAAAGCUAUCUGCAUUACCUUAAAAAGUCAAAUUACUUUAAUCUCUCCCGUUAAAAACUCUCUACUACUUCUUUGUUUUGAAUCGUCGUCAUGAUUUGUAAGGUUAGUUUUCGUUAAUUGAAUAUUACGAGCUCAAAAUAUUAAAAGUUUCACUCUCGGGCAUGUUCUGAUUCGUGCGCUGCUUUUCAUCGCUUGUGAUAAAUGUAAAAUUGGAAUCUUCGAAACCCGGAAGUCUGGUAGCUCGAAAUGUGAUAACGCUGAUACGAAUCUUGAAAUCUAGUGCCUGAAUGUAAUCUUAGUAUGAAGCGCAGUGGAAUACAAAGGAAAUGCAUAUUAAUACGCGAUCUUCCACAGCCCUGGUCGUUUUUAACUUUGUUUUGCUGCGGCUUUUGAAAUUUCUUCCCCGAUUUCAUUUGGAAAAAAUAAUAAUCUUCCCUUUGAGCUCGCGACAGAACAUUCCUGAGAAUGUUACGGUGAAAAGAAGAUCUUAAUAUGUCCAAUCAGAAUAAUUGAAUGUGUAUAGAAAGAAAUGUACAUUUGAAUGAAUUUAUUACACUUGUAGUUUGAUCACUGACAAAGAAAGAAACACACACACUUAUUCACACACACUCACACUCGGCUGCAGGCUCAUGCUAAAAGUUGGCCUGCCGCCGGCGUUGGUUGAUUCCUCAAGUUUUUAACACUCGUCUAGAGUCUGCUGAUGUUGUUAAUGUGUAAACUAACUUAAAGUGGAUGAAUUAUUAUUAAAAAAAGAAUUAUUACUUUGAGUAAGUAACCAACCUAUAGAGAGUAAUCAAUAAUUAGUUCUCUAAGCGAAUAUGAUUUGAUUUAAGAGGAAUUAAUUAAUAUUAGCAAACGAAAUAGAGAUAACUGAGUAAAGAAAAAUGGCUGCAUAAUGUAUUGUGUUGGUUGAUCGACGAAGCAGGGCAAAGAUUGGAACGAGAUACAUACACACAAAACACACACAAAUUAAUUAACAAUUUCUCACUUCAAAUUCACACCUCUUCCUUCCAAUUUAUUUCAUUUGAGACUGGGUUUGAUAAUUUUCUUGCCGCGGUUAUUCAGUGUUGAGAGUUGGAUUUUUUUUAUUUAUAUAAAACUUAUAAAAUAUAUACCCAAAAUGUACAUAGUUGGGGUUUGUCCAGGCUUUUUGAGUUAUUGAAUUUUAAUCUAAUUUUAUUCCGACCCUGUUCACCUCAAACCUGAGUUACCAAUUUUUAGUUCCUAGAACGUUUCGGUGCGAAAUUGUUAUUUUAGUAUAGCUCGCAGAAAUUUAUAAUUUCAUUGCCUGGCGCCCCAAGUUGUACAUUAAAUUGGACAAUAAUGAACGCUAGUUAAUUUUUUUAGGUUUCUCCAUCUCGCGCAAGUUCAAAAUUCCAACCAACACAAGAAAUUGAAGUAAAUAGGCGUAAUUCAUCAGUAUCCCCCUUUCUUAGACGGCAGGUAAAAAAGUAAAUUGCAUGACUGGUACGUUACAUAGUUGCAGUAAUUAUCAAACCCUAGUCUCUUGAAAACGUAAACUACUUGCUGUGCUGAAAUUUCAAUAAUAAUUACGCUGUAUACUGUAGUAGAAUGAGUAUCGUUUUGUGCAAAAGAUGUCUUGUAAUGUGCAAAAAAAUUAUUAAUACUAUUUUUGUUUUGAAAUAUGAUACGAAAGUGUUCGUUCUUGUCUACUUGUUAUAAAUUUUGUUCCUUGAUGGAUGUUGCAAAAAGCAAAACGACUGAAUUUAUUUAAAAUUAUAAAUACGAUUGGAGAAUUGGGGGAAAUCGAUUGUGUGCAAUAAAGACUGCAUAAAGAGUAUGGAAUUUUUUUAAAUAUGGAUUACGAAUAUUGAAUGUGAACCAAAACCGAUUACGUUAAUCGACGGUGGUGGUGACUUGCAGCACUAAAUAAUAUUUGACUAAAUAUUGAACUGUCACUCUCUUUUAUUUUGCGACUGGCUUUCAGCUCCCAUUUUUAAAUUUUGUUUUCUUCCCUCCUCGUCAGCGUGCUGCUGAAAAAGUGCACGCGAUUCUCUGAAAUGUUCCUUAAAAUAAUACAGCGAAUUGAGAUCUCGAUUGAUGUCACUGAAAUUUUUUUGUCAAUUUUUUUUACCUUGGAAAGUGCCAUUAAUUUGAAGUCUUUUUUUAACUUUGUGGUUUGCCAAUAUGUGUAUUUGUUUCAUGCUGUGUAGAGAGAAACUUUGCCUAUUAAAAAGUUGCAAGUCUCAUUCACGGAAAUUAUUAUAUAUAUUUGAUUGUUCUUUUAAAACGAUCCGGUGGUAAAAAUGUGUGCCGCUUUAGUGGCGUGUAAGAAUCCUAUAUUUCAAAGCAUUUUGAUAUUCCGCGCUUGAAGAAGCCUUUGAUUUUCGCAGCCAAAUGUACUUUAUCUCUAGGAGAAAAAAGAUACGUAAAAAAAUUAAAAAAUGAAUUUGUAUUAACAUCAACAACUCUUUCUCUCUCCCUCUCUCGACUCUUUGAUGUUUUGCAGUUGACAUACAUACACAUUGUAUUUUUUAAUCAUUGGUUGCGCUUUAAAGAUUUUUAAAAAUCUUUUUAGCAAGAAUAAGGAGCAAAAUAUUAUAAGAUGGAUCUGUUUGGUGAGAAACAUAUUAUGAGAAACUAAUAAAGAGAGAUGUCUUUUAUUGAACAUAUUAA